AUGGCAAACCAUACUAUGGUGACAAUAUUCAUUCUUCUAGGAUUGACAGAUGACCCAGAUUUGCAAAUUGUAAUAUUUAUUUUUCUUUUUCUGGCAUAUUUAUUGAGUGUUAUUGGAAAUCUGAUCAUUAUCAUGCUGACCUUGCUGGAUUCCCACCUCAAAACACCCAUGUAUUUCUUUCUUCAGAAUUUUUCUAUACUAGAAAUAUCAUUGACCUCUGUCUGUAUCCCUAGAUUUCUAUACAGUAUAGUGUCUAGGGAUAAAACAAUUUCUUAUAAUUCUUGCGUGACACAAUUAUUUUUUGCCAUUUUGUUGGGUGAAUCAGAGUUUUUCUUGUUGGCAGCUAUGUCCUAUGACCGUUACGUAGCCAUCUGCAAGCCCCUACAUUACACAGCCAUUAUGAACAACAGAGUGUGUAUAAAACUGGUUGUUGCAUCUUGGCUGGCUGGUUUGUUAACAAUCUCUCCUGGACUUAUCAUGGGUUUGGAGUUGGAAUUCUGUGAUGGCAAUGCUAUUGAUCACUUUCUGUGUGACUAUUCUCCUGUUCUAAAAUUGUCCUGCACAGAUACAAGGGUCAUAGAAACGUUAAGUUUUAUUUUAGCCAUAUUCACACUCCUGUUUACUUUGACACUCAUAAUGGCUUCUUAUGCAAAUAUCAUAAGAACAAUUCUGAAGAUUCCUUCUGCACAGCAGCAAAAGAAAGCUUUUUCUACUUGUUCAUCUCAUAUAAUUGUUGUCUCUAUGUCUUAUGGCAGCUGUAUUUUUAUGUAUAUUAAACCCUCUGCAGAAGAAAGAGUUGCCUUAAACAAAGGGGUUGCAGUACUCAUCACUUCAGUAGCACCUGUUUUAAAUCCUUUCAUUUAUACUCUGAGAAAUAAGCAAGUUAAGCAAGCCUUGCAAAAUGUAAUAAAAAGGUAUAUCUCCACUACUUUAAAAUAAUACACUGGAUCAUAA